AUGAUUUUAUUGAAGGAACGCGACGUGGCGCGCGCGCGCGAGCGGUCGCGGGCGGCGCGCGAGGAGGAGCGCCGGCGCCGCGCCGCGGAGGACGCGCUGCGCGAGCGCGAGCGCAGGCAGCGCGAGGAGAAGCGCCGCCUCGCCAUCGAGCGGGAGAAGCUGCGCGCCGAGAGAGAAAAAAUUGAACGUGAAAAGAAUGAAUUGUUGCGGCUAGAACGUGAGCGCCACAGAUUAGAGAGAGAAAAAUUAGAGUUGGAGAGAUUGGAACUCAAGAGGGAACAAUUAAGGUUAGAGGAAGAGCGUCGCAAACGCGGCUACGAGGGCAGCUACCGCAAGGCGGGCUCCCCGCCCGAGCCGGCGUACGAGCGAGACGCGAGACACAAACGUGCACCGCCACCGCCUUUGACGUCCCGCGGCGGGCAGUUCGAGGCGCCGCCGCCGCCGCGCUUCGACAUGUCGGCGAGCUACGAGCGCACCGCCGACAAGCGCGACCGCGACCGCGACUAUAAGCGCGACUAUCCGCGACACGUCUCUUCUAGUAACAUGAAAUACCCCAGUAAUGGCACAACCAAUGACGACACAAGGCAGCCAAUGCCACCAGGAACAAGGCCGAAAGAGCCAAGCCGCACAUACGAAUCUCGCGACGCGCGCCAGUACCGGCCGUCGCCACCCAGCAAACCGGAAGCGCGCAACUGGAACACCUCGACGAGGUAUCCAGAUGCAGCGGCACCUACUAAAGGCAGCGCGAGCAGCGAGCAGGCGUGGUCGGGCAGCGGCGAGGCGCGCUACGGCUCGUACGAGGCGCGCUACCCGCCCGCCUACCAGCCGCCGCCGCCCGGCGCCGCCUACCCCGACCGCUACCCGCAGCCGAGGGACUACGCGCGCAAGUACUAGCGCACGAUCUAUUCCAAGAGCACGCCGGCACACCACACACGGAAUACGCAUUGGACAUUAUUCAAAACUCAUCUUGGUGCAUUCCUGCAAGUACAACAAAAAUUUAUACUUGGAAUGUGUAGUUGUUGAUAAGUAAAGUUGUUAUACAAAAAUGUGUGUGAUUAUCUAGUUAAGAUAUAAAUAUUCUUUACCAUUAAAUUGUUAUAAUUCAGAAUAAUUUUACUAUUAUGACAGUAAAACUAGGAUAAACCUUGUAAUAUAUUGGAUUAUGCGCACUUAUUAAGGUGAUUAAAAGAAGGCAUAAAACUA